CGCCGCCUCCCCUCCCCUCCCCGGCGGAGGCUGCGCCGCCCCGGCCGCUCGCGCCCCCCCGCCCCUCGCCUUGACGGCAGACGCCUGGCCGGGUGGCUGAGAGGAGCCCCGCCGCCGCCGCCGCCUCUCGCGCCGGGGUCCCGCCGCCCUCCUGCCCCAGCCUGGCCAUGGCCGGCCGCUCGCUCCUGCUCCUGGCCGCCGCCCUCGCCGCCCUGCUCGGGAGAGCUAGAGAUGAAAAUUGGAUUGGAACAGCUUCUGGGCAGGUACUGAAGUACCAGCUUAAUGCAACGAUACAGUAACCAACAGGGCUUUACACAGUUCCGAGGAUAUGGUGAUGAUUCUGAUGACUUCCGUUUAGAGGAUGCACUUGAUGAUCAUUCAACCAAGCGACCUACUCCCAAGUUACCCAAAAAGCCAUUGGAUGGAACAGGAUAUGGGGAUGGUUUGGACGAUUUCAGUUUGUCAGAUGCACUGGAUGACCUUUCCACCAAGCGACCUACUCCCACGCUACCCAGAAAGCCAUCGGGUGGAACAGAUAUUAGCUUAUGGGAUGUGAUCCACACCACCACAACCAAGAAGCCAAAAACCACCAAGGCCCCGCCCAAAAAGAAUCCAGCAAAGGAUCCUGCAGACUUUGACUUAUCCGAUGCACUAGAUGAUCAGAAUGAUGGGAAAGGCGGUGGGAAACCAAAUGUAAAACCUGGUGAAGGCUCGAAAGGUAAAGAUAACCCUUCAAGAGGUGGAAAACAGGCAUUUUCAGAUGACGAUCUGGCCGGUGUUCUGGACGAUGGGAAGUACCAUCCUGAUAAGAAGAAAGGUGGCAGCGACUAUGAUGCAGGCACCACCGCCGAGACUGGGACAAUAGCAGGAAUAGUCAGUGCUCUUGUCGUGGCAUUGGUUGGCGCCGUCUCCAGUUACAUUUCCUAUCAGCAAAAGAAGUUUUGCUUCAGCAUACAACAGGGUCUUAACGCAGAGUACGUGAAAGGAGAAAACACAGAAGCUGUUGUAACUGAAGAACCUCAAGUUAAAUAUUCAGUCCUCGAAACACAGUCAGCAGAGCCGCCACCACCACAAGACACUGCGAAGGUCUAAAGCGUGGCCUUGGGCUGGAAGAGAAUCAGUCACACACAAAACCAUCUCACAUGCUUGUAAUUCAGCUUUUUAUUUAAUUUGGAUCCAAGCUAGUUAAUGUGUAUUUAGACUAGAAGUGGCUUCUUGUUGAUAUAGGCGGUAGGGCUAGAACGUCAGUGUCUUUUUAUGUUUUUGUAAAGAGUUGUACGUUUACAUGGAAUUUAAUAAUGUAGGAUUGAUUACACGUUGUGUACAAAACAACAAAAGGUGCUUCAAUAGCCUUUCAAGCACUGUUUAGGAUUUUCACGUUCGGGACAAGCAGCUGGGAUAAUGUCUUUUUCAAAGCAUGCCAGAGCGUACAGGUGUGAGGACGAUAAAGUGCCUGUAAAAUAACGAUCCAAAGCAAACCAUGCAAGAACCUUUGUAAAUCACUUCCAGUCAAUUUCUGCCAUCAGCUAUGCGCAUGCAGUGUCCAGUGGCAGCAGCGAAAAUUGUGUGUGUAGCUGAGGGUAGAUUUUGCUCCUUAGAGUAGCUACACCUAAAAAUAAAGUGCCUAUGGGUAGAUCCUCAUUUAGGGGCCCAGCCUGGGGGGUAACAAAGGCCUCUACUCAUUGGAGUCACAGAGUUGAGGGUGCACAUCAUCUCACUACUAGGCUUCUACCCACCUUUAAGGACCCGAUUUUAAUACCAGAUAACUAUUCCUUGACUUUAGCAAAGCUUUUGGUACGGUCUCCCACAGUAUUCUUGCCGCCAAGUUAAGGAAGUAUGGGCUGGAUGAAUGGACUGUAAGGUAGAUAGAAAGCUGGCUAGAUCAUUGGGGUCA